AUGUAUUUGCAAGUGAAGAACGACAGCAGCCUACAAAUGUUACGCCCACAUACUCAAGGCAUCACCUUUUCUGGAAGAGCUUGGUCUACUCCAAUCAGGACCACGUCACGCUGCAGUAGCGCAUCUUCAGUGCGGUCCUCCCUGAUUUCGUCAGUCAUCUCUGCUCCAGACCCCUCACUUUCUUUGCUGGAUAUUGAACAAAUAUUAUUCAGAAGAGUUAAUGAGAUAGAGGAGGAUUUGAAAAAAGCUUUCAUGACCUUUGAUGAAGAGCGUAACUUUACAGCCACAAAAGGAGAAUUGCGCAGAGUGCUCCAGAAUUUUGUAUUGCCUCUUACACAGUCUCAGUUUGAUGCUUUAUUAACACAGACUCCUGUAAACCCCAAUGGCACCAUUCCAUAUCUUGAGUUCCUGGCAAAAUUUAAGCGAACUGGCACCAGCUCUACAAAAGGAAAAGAUGUGAAAAGGAGGUUGAGUUGUGUCCAAACUGGUGAAGUGUUAACCCUGAAUGAGAUUGAGUCCAAGCUGAGGAGCAUGAUAUCUAAGAAUAUCAAAAACGUAGUUAGAUCCUUCCGUCUUUUUGACUACAAUGGAAACGGUCAAAUACAAAAGCACGAACUCCGACGUGUUCUUGAAAACUGCUGCUUCAAAAUGAAGAAUGUAGAAUUUGAAAAGCUCUGGAAUCGAUACUCUCUAGGCAGAAAAAGCACGCUAGAUUACAGAGAUCUGCUAAAAAAUCUUGGGAUAAAUGCAGAGCUCAACAACAGAUCGUUGACAGAAAAUGUUGAACGAGCGCUGAACUGGGAGGCAACUCUGCUGGAGCAACAGAAGCAAAAAAUAUGGAGACCCCCUUCUUCAUCACAUGGGUUUGUCACAGAGGACAGCAGGAUAGAGCAAAUAGAAGAAGCUUUUAGAAAAAAGGUGUCAACUUCCCAACCAUGUCUGAUAAAAGCCUUUUUGUCAUUCGAUGUUGCUCGUACUGGAUGCGUAUCAUUGGAUGUUUUCAAGUCAGUCAUUAAUAACUUCAUUUUCCAGUUGCCGGAUGAUGUAUUUCCUAAAUUACUACACAGAUUUGGCUUUAAAGAAACUAAUAAUGUCAACUGGGAAAACUUUUUAAAGAAAUUUCAGCAACCUUUGAGAAUUGAAAAUGGACAAACAAUACCUAUAAAGCCAAGUCACAGAGUUUAUUCAGCUAAAUGUGCACCCACCUGGUUAUCAAGUGAUCACAUCCUUCAGAAGCUACAAAGGCACGUACAGGACUCGUAUCCAUCGCUGAAAAACGCAUUUCUUGUGCUCGAUGAGGGCCGCACCGGCAGAAUCAGCAGGAGAGAGCUGCGCAGGAUCCUGGAUUGCAUGAUGUUUCGCGUCACUGAUGAGCAAUUCAAGGAGUUAAUGAUCGUGCUUGACCCAGAGCACACGGGAUUCAUUAGUUACCACCAGUUCCUGGACCUGUUUGAGGAGAGAGAAUCUGUUACAGGUCACAAGUGGCUGAAUAAUACAAGACACCUGGCGAAACAAGCCCCAGUAGUGCUGACCUGGGACAAGAUGGAAAACAUACUUAGCGAAAAGAUCACAAGCAACUGGAAGGAUUUUUACAAAGUUGUGCAAUCACUGGACCCUAAACGAUCUGGAAUCAUUAACCAGGAUGAUUUUAAAAAACUCCUGCAGUCAUAUUGUCCAGCCCUAUCUGAAGAUCACUUUAAGAUAAUAUUUCAUCUUUAUAGUGAUGCAUCUUCCAGCGGAAUAGCAUACAUGGAAUUUCUGCAGAAUUUGGGGGUGUCUUUAUCAUAUGCGGGUGACGUUAAUGGUGUGAGCACCACUAUUUUAGAAGAAAGUCAGCUCCGAGAGGAAUUGAGACAGACGGAUCUGUCUGACAGAAUGCAAGAAAUUGGAAAUCAAGCCAGUAACCUCCUCAAAAAAUUCACAGUGAAAGAAGUUAUUGCUAAGCUGAAGGACUGCGUGACCAAACACACAUUUACUACCAAAGACAGUUUUCUUGCUUGCAACAAAAAGAAAAAUGGCAGCAUUUCCAGAAAAGAUUUCAAAAAGGUUUUGGAAGACCAUGAGUUACAUUUAGAUGAAGAUCAGUUUAAUGAACUUACCGAAAUACUGGGAUUCACCAACGAGGGGCUUAAUUAUCUGGACUUUGUCUCAUUGUUUGAAGUUCAACCAGGGACAGGACCAGGAGAUGUACUACAGAACAGCCCCAACCACCGUGUGAAUAAAGCCAAGUCUUACUACAUGACAGCUGAGGAAUGUCUUAACCAGUUCAUGGAUAAAUUAAGAGAAAACUAUGAGGACACGUACUCUGCUUUCUACAAGAUAGACAGUAACCGUGACGGCUUGGUGACAAUGAGCGAUUUUAGACGUCUACUGGAAAGCUUUAUGUUUAUCAUAAAACAGAGCGAGUUUGAGAGACUUCUGAGUCUAUUAGGACUGAGUAUUAAUUCUACGCUAAACUACAUGGAUUUCCUUCAUUUACUGCAGAAGCAAGAAAAAGCUGAGUGCCCUCCGUGGCUGAAUUCCUUUUACAAGCCAACCCUGAAUGCCGAGUGCGCGGACCUAGCCUGUGAGCAAGCGCAUUACUAUCUUGUGACAAAAGUACAGUGCAGAUGGCAUGACCUGGCCAAGACAUUUUGUGAAAUUGAUAGUGAUGGAAACGGAAUUAUACAGAAGAAGGAUCUAAGGAAAGUUCUCUUCAGAUUUUCACUUCCAAUUACACCAAAGGAAUUUGAAAAGCUUUGGAGUCGGUAUGAUCCAGAGGAGAAAGGCUUCCUGACUCAUCAAGAAUUCCAGCAGAAGCUGGGAGUGAACUUUGCAUCCGUUGACAGCGGCCCAAGUAGACGAAUUGUAGAAGACAACCACACAAGCCUAGAAAAGCACUACAGCAACCAGGAGAAGAUUAGAGAGGAGAUGCACGUGUUUCAUAAGCACCAAACCAAAACUCUGGAUAUAAAAGACCUAGAGCAGCAAAUAAAGGAUAAAUUUAGGGACUAUUUCUCAGAUUUCAGCUCAGCCUUUGCUAAAAUCGAUAAAGAUAAAGACGGCUUCAUUACAGUUGAAGAUUUUUGGAGCACUCUACGGGAUCUUAAUUUCUAUUUGGAUGAAGAUCAGUUCCACAAUCUCUUAUACAGGUUGAGAAUUAAAGUUCACAAUAGCAAACUCUCUUAUUUUGAUUUUCUGAGAAUCAUUGAUGAUGGGAGAGAGUCUAAAUAUGGCCAACGACUGGCCCAGACUGCGCCGACUGAAAACUGCCAAACACUGAGUCCACAGAAAGCCUUAGUGCGACUGCAGGAGAAAGUAAGGUCGUCAUACAAUGAGCUGUGGAAGGCUUUUUCUACAUAUGAUAAGGAUGACACCGGCACAAUAAAAACCUUUGAAUUGCACCAGGUUCUUGACAGUUUCUGUUUUAAGCUAACGGACAAGCAAUUCAAGUAUAUGCUCAGCAAACUGGCUGUGAAUGAUGAUCAGACAAUAGACUGGAAAAUCUUCUUAUACAAUUUCUCUGCAUUCACCGCUGAGCCGUCUGCCACAUGGAUUGAGAGAGUCCAGCACGCCACCCGACCCAAGCCCAUGCAAGAGCUGUCAAUGAAUGACAUAGUGACGCGCAUUCAUGAAGUCAUCACUGCUCGCUUCUACACCAUUAUGCAGGACUUUCUGAAUAUUGACUAUGCAAAUAUUAAUGUGAUUUCAAAGGAAGAUUUCCGAGAUCUUUUCAGCAAGAAUUUCAUGCUCCUCACAGAUGACCAAUUUGAAAACCUUUGGAACACCUUGCCUCUAAAUCCCUACGGAAACCUCAAUUACCAUGAAUUUUUAAAGAAGUUCAGAGGAGAAAUCCCAUUAACUCCAACACAAAAUGGAGUAGCUAGUAACGCAGAAAAAAUAGGCAAACCAAGUUCAGCUGUUAUACCUUGCCAGAGUUCAUCAGGUUCACCAUCUCGGAUCAGACGCCCAAAAACUGCACCUUGUGUCUUAAAUAAAUGUAAUAUUGUUAGUCAACGACCGAGUACAGCUGCAGCGCGCUCAUCGCCGCUUAUAAAUUGUGAAGAGCUCGAAAACAAGCUUAGAAAUUAUCUUCAAAAGAUUUGGCAAGAAGUUCACAAGGCUUGCAGAGAUCAUGAUCCCGAAAGGUCGGGAGAAGUCUCUGCCGCAGACUUCCUAGCGGUUAUGAAAACAUUUAAUGUGGAUAUAAAGGAAAAUGAUCUUGAUCAGUUGAUAGUGAAAUAUGAUCUCCGCAGCUCUGGUAAAAUAUCCUACCCAGAUUUCUUCCGAAAUGUCAUAUUUUCCUCAAAGCCUCAAGAAAGCAACCUUCUGCAGAGGAUAAAACUGCACAAACCACGGAUACCCGCCAGUACAGGAGCUCAGAACCCGUUGUUUUUGGACGCUAUGCUGAGAAUACAGCCAAAGAUACUCAAUUGCUGGAGGCCACUAAGAAGAACAUUUCAGUCAUGUGACGAAGCACGGACGGGCUAUAUAAGUAUUACUGACUUUAAACAGGUGUUACGGAAAUAUGGUUUCAAUUUAUCAGAAGACGAAUUCUUCCACAUCCUGGGCUACUUCGAUAAAGAUUUAAAAUUAAAAUUAUCUUACAAUGAUUUUUUGAGUGAUUUUCUAAGAUAGAGAAGAAUUGUGAGUUUACGAUUGCCACCAUUCUGUGUGAUUGCCACAUAGCCGAUGAUUGUAUUUUUAAUUAAAGGGACAUUACAAUCAAUAUUUUCUAUCAUGCAUAUGAAAGAACAACAUUUAUAUCUAUUUUAUUUUAUUUUUUAAAAUGUUAGAUGAAAUCUGUUUACAUUUGAGUUGAAACUAAUACAGCAGUAUUGGUUUUGGAUUUCCUGCUAAUUCCUGCUGCCUGAUGAGAGCAAAUGCCUCUGCGUUACUGGUGGAGAGGGACAGACAACAAAAGAAAACAUUGACUGAAAUACAUUGUAAAUGUUUGUAUAAUGUCGGUGUUGGUCAUAAACUGCAGAGCAAUAAAUUACAUCAGAAUGUCAAAUAGGACCCUAAUCGUGUGUGCUAUUUCAGUUAACAAAUGUCUGCACCCUUUCAUGUUAUUGGUAAUGAAAAAAAUUAAAAUGUAUUAAGGUUUCUGCAUGAAGUGUUGGGAAACAAAAUUAUACUAAAUAUUUAAGCUGUAAACAAACUGACAUUUGCAAUAAAAUUGUGUGCUAAUAAAA